GGUCCCCUUGACUGUCUCCUUCAGUGCCAGGCAGCACACACACACACACACACACACACACACGCACGCGCGCGCGCAUAGACCGUGUCUGACUGGCGAUCCGGCCGCUGUCCUUGCAAUGAUCUCGCCGCAGCUCAAUUUGGACGUUUUGACGCGGGACCUGUCUCAUUAUCUGGAAAACCAAGUGAAAGUUGGUCUGCUGGGCUCGGGAGUGGGACUGUCUCUGGUGCUGGGCUUCAGCGCGGCGUACGCCUGCUACUACCUCAUCUCGGUGGCCAAGAAGCCGCAGCUCAUCUCUGGGGGUAAGAAGUUCUACCAGUUCCUCCGCGAGCAAUGUCCCAUCGUGUCGGAGACCUACUAUCCCACCUUCUGGUGCUGGGAAAGCCGCAUUCAGACUCUGCUCAGACCCUUUGUCACCGCCAAGCCCGGAGUGGCCUACAGGAAUGAGCUUAUUAAGGCGGCAGACGGAGGGCAGAUCUCUUUGGAUUGGUUUGACAACGAUGACAGCCUGGCUCAUCCCGACCCCGCCUCCAGACCCACCGUCCUCCUCCUCCCGGGGCUGACCGGCACCAGCCGAGAGUCUUACAUCCUGCACAUGGUCGAGCAGAGCCGGGAUCUGGGCUAUAGAGCCGUGGUUUUCAACAACAGGGGCGUGUCGGGGGAAACUCUGCUGACGCCUCGGACCUACUGCGCUGCCAACACGGAAGACCUGGAAACCGUCAUCGAGCACAUCCACAGGAGCUACGAUACGGCGCCCAUCAUGGCGGCGGGAGUGUCUAUGGGCGGGAUGAUGCUGGCUAACUACUUGGGGCGCAAGGGCCAGGAGACGUGCCUGAGAGGGGUGGCGGUGUUCUCGGCGGGCUGGGACGUGUUCGAGUGCACGGCGUCGCUGGAAAAGCCGCUGGACCGCUUCCUCUUCAACUCCUACCUCACCAGCUGCCUGCAAGCUUCGGUGCACAGGCACAGACCAGUGCUUGAAAAGUGUUACGACAUCGACCACGUGAUGAAGGCCAGGACCAUCCGAGAGUUCGAUGAGAGGUUCACGUCCAUUAUGUUCGGCUACGCCACGAAUGACGACUACUACCACGACGCCAGUCCCGUCCACAGGCUGAAGUCCGUGCAGGUGCCCAUGCUGUGCCUCAACGCUGCCGAUGACGUCUUUUCCCCGUCUCACGCCAUCCCUGUGGAGGCCGUGAAGCAAAACCCCAACCUGGCCAUGCUCAUUACCUGCCACGGCGGCCAUAUUGGCUUCCUGGAGGGCCUGUGGCCGAGGCGGAGCACCUACAUGGACCGAGUCUUCCGCCAGUUCGCCCGCGCCGUCAUCGAGCAGGGCGGCCGACUCAAAGACCUCUCCUGAGACCGGCCCCGCCCACCUCGUCCUUCCUUUCCUGCCGUCCUCGCUGCAUUCUAGCCGUCCUUCUGCUUCUUUUCCUUCCUUCCAUUGACCUGCUUUUUGCCUUCCUUCAACUAUCUAUCCCAUUCCUUUUUCUCGCCACAAGCAAAAGACAAGAACAUUGUUCUGGUUUGAAGGGCAUGUCCUAUUGACUGCGGUCAUUUGAUUUAUUUAUUCCUCAUACAAUCAUUGUUCGUGUCAUUGAAAAGAACAAUGUUAAACAGGAAAAUACGUCCUUUUUCGCAUUCAUCAGUAGGAUGUUAGCCCUCAGGAAUUUCAUUUAAAAAAAAAAAAAAAAUCUUCUUUCUGUGGAUUAUUUUAAAGUCGUCACUUUCCUUUUUAAGUACUAGUUUUACCUUUUCUGGGAUUUCUGUCCCCAAACGAGGCGCUAAAGCCCAAAAAAUUAGAUUGCUUUGUCUCUUACUGACGACACAAAGCUUAACUCUAUAAGUGCAUGUCCGUAACUUAAUUUUGCACAUAUUUAUCCACUGUGUACUUUAUCAGAAAUCAAAAGGGGCUAAUUAUGCAGAUUUUUCUGCAUUUUAUUUUUGUGCCACAGCUAAAUAACUAUAGCCACUUAAAAAAAAAACUAAAAUAAAUUAAAAUAUAAAUUCAUUUAUUAAAUUACCCAUGAUUUAAUUAAAAUGCAUAUAUUUAUUGAUUGUAAAACAAUCAGAUAAUGUACAUUGUAAUUAAUUUUGUUGUUGUAAACAAUCAGGCUCUCCAAAUAAUUGAUACAUCAUUUCCAAUACAUUUAAUAUGGAUUAAUUUAGAAAAAAGUACAUGUUAAAAUGUAAUCAUAAUUGUAUUUGUUGUUUAAUUUGUUUUAUUGUUUAAUUUGUUUUAUUGUUUAAUGUAUUCAGUGUUUUAACCAAAGAGAUUCCUUUAAAUAAUUUAAUAAUUAAAUUGCCAAUUAAUUAGGAUAAAGUAUACACUUUACAAUGUGAAUCGGAAAAGUAUUUUUUCAUUUAUUGAUUUUAUUUUAUAUAUUUGGUGUUUUAGCCAAUCAGAUUCCUUAAAAUGUUUAAAAAAUACUUUCGAGUCUAUUUAAUUUGAAUUGAUUUAUUAAAUUGCCCAUGAAUCAAUUCAAAUGAAAUACGUUUGAUACAUUUUAAAAUAUGUACAAUUUAUUUCCAUUUUAAUUUUGUGCUAAAGUCAAUGAAGUCAUUUGAAAAAAAAAAUUAAAAUGUGAUUUUUUUUUUUCUCCAAUGAGACUAAUUUCUCAUUUUAGUGUUCAUGAAACUGUAAUUCAACAACUUCACCACUAGGUAGAGACGCUACACUGAACGAAAGCUGUCCAUUCGUAGAAAGAAUGCGUGACAAAACUCCUUGAGAUGCCAGGUGCAAUAUGUUGUGAUCAUCUCCAGCCAAGCACUUUUAUUUUUUGUUUGUCCAUGAAACUGUAAUUGCCCAAUUUCCCCACAAAGUAAAGCAGCGAUACUCUACUCCAGCUGUGCUUUCAUAAACGGAAUGUGUGACAAAACUCCUUAAGAUUUCAGUUGCAAUAUGUUGUGGUCCUCUACGACUGUGAAUAAAAUUUGUAUUUUGGAUUUUUCAUUAAUGCUGCAACUUCACCACUAGGUAGAGAAACUACACUGUACUACAGCUGUGCAUUCGUGGAAAUAAUGCAUGAUGAAACUCUAUUAGAUGCCAGGUGGGAUAUGUUGUGGUCAUCUACAGCCAGGAGCUUUUUUUUUUUUUUUUUUUUUUUAAAUGAAACUAUAAUUGCCCAAAUUCCACAAUAGGUAGAACAGCUAUACUUUACUCCAGCUGCUCUUUCAUAAAAAGACUAAGUGACAAAACUCCUUAAAUAGUCGGGUGCGAUAUGAUGUGGUCCGCUAUGGCUGUGAAUUUUACUUUUUGUCUAAGGGUCAAUGAAACUACUUCGCCACUAGAGAAGCUACAUUUUGCGUAGAAUGAAUGUGUGACAAAACUCCUUAAGAUGCCAGGUGUGUCAUGUGGUGGUCAUCUACAGCCAUGUGCUUUUCUUUUCUUUUUGUUCAUGAAACUGUUAUUCACCAAAUUCCUUCACUUCAUCUGUGCUUUUAUCCACUUUCAUAAAUGAAUGACGACAAAACUCCAUAAGAUGCCAGGUGCAAUAUGCUGUGGUCAAACAAACCCUUUUUUUUUUUUCUUAUUUCAUUUUCCUCCCCAUGAAAACGUGCAGCAAUAACAAAUGAAAACAAAACUGUUCGACUAGUUUAUGCACAUACUGUAAUCGGCAAUGAGUGUAAUAUGCGCUGUUUAAUAAACAUUGCAAGAGUC